AUGGACAGCACGCCAGAUCGGCUUCGUAAGAAACGAGAGAUUUUUGACUAUUUGGGUAACCUCGAUGUCUCCGACGACGAGCCUGAUCCGGGCCGAGAAGCCUCGGAGAAAGCAUGGCGAACGAGGAUCAAGUCUCCUCCAGCUCGCGCYGCUGCCAGAUCCUCCCUUGCCCGCACAAUCUCGGACAAGACUGGAAUCCAGUCGCGGUCGGAGCACUCUGCUGCGAUAGAGCCUGACGUCCCUGCGGUCAACAAAAGGCUGAUCGCGCCCAGUGGCCUGCGCAAGACCGUUUCGGAUGUUUCGAUCACGACUGUGCAGGCAAAGACUUCCGCUUCGUUUUCCACCAAAGCUAUCGGCAAGCGUAAACGCGGCGUUGACGUUAAGAUAGUUCCCGAGGCGGAUCAGGUGUUUAAAGGGUUGCAGUUCUACUUCUUCCCUAACAACAUCAUCAACGGUGCCCGUCGGAUGCGAAUUGAGAAAGCUCAACAAUAUGGCGCGACAUGGCACCCGACGUGGAAUCAAGAAGUCACACACAUCAUCCUCGACAAGUCAAUGACCAUUACGGAGCUCUACAAGUAUCUGAAGAUCGAAAGCCUGCCUCCGGGAAUUAUUGUAGUAAACGAAGAUUACCCCUCAGACUCCAUCACUUGGCGAGCAUUGUCUGAUCCGAUGGCACCUCGAUUCGCAGUCAAGGGCGCGAAACCAUACUUGUCUACGACUUCAAUAAAGGUUCCUGCCACUGUGGAAUCACCGGAACCAAGGCCCAAAGCCAAGACUGCAAACGUACAGACCCCUGAUUCACCCCUGGGCGAGGAUGGGCCGGCAUCGCCRCUAGAUGCUGGGUCCAACAGCACUGAGCGCAUCGCAAAUAGCUUUGACACACACAUUGAAACAACAGAAGAAUUGGACCAAGCCAUCAAGCAGGCCAAAGCUUUGGCAGACAUUACACUUGAUGACGACGAGGACAAGGACGAUGUCGAUGACGCAAACGACAGUGAUGGUGAGAAGGGCGCUGAGCUAAAACUGCAGAAUCAGCGAAAGAAGAAAGUGAGUCGAAAUCAGGACAAGUUCCAGUGCAUGCAGAAGCAUACCGGAGAGAAGGGCGAGUCUCCAAAUCUUGCCACAAUCAACAUACUGGAGGAGAUGGUUAAGUACUAUACUCAAACCAGAGACGAAUGGCGAAGCAGAGCAUACCGACAAGCUAUCUCGACGUUACGAAACCAUCAUUCAAAAGUCUGCACGCGAGAUGAGGCUCUCGCUUUGCCAAGAAUCGGGCCACGGCUCGCCUCCAAAAUAGAAGAGAUCGCAUUCACCAAUCGGCUCAGACGGCUCGACAACGCGAAAGCAGAACCAAGCGAUGAAGUGCUCCGGAACUUUAUGGGUAUCUACGGGGCUGGGCGAGUGUAUGCCACCAAAUGGGUCCAACAGGGGUAUACAACACKCGAUGAGCUCUUGGAGAAGGCAGAUCUGUCCGAGAAUCAACGUAUAGGUAUCUUACACUACGAGGACUUCCAGCAGCGCAUCCCGCGAGAUGAAGUGGAGAGGCACGGCAAGAUCGUUCGCCGCGAGUUGCAGAAGAUUGACCCUCUGUUCGAGGUCAUUAUAGGAGGUUCAUACCGACGUGGAGCUCUCGACUCCGGUGAUAUCGACUGCCUGAUCACUCGUCCGAAUACUGGUCCCGAUCAUAUCCGUGCUGUUGUGUUGGAGCGGCUGAUUCCAAAGCUGAUUGAAAAGGGCUUCAUACAAUGUGGUCUCGCCACUACAGACAAAGACGAUGGGAGCAAAUGGCACGGCGCAUCUUGCGUGCCUGGAUCCAGCAUCUGGCGGCGCAUCGAUCUCCUUUUGGUGCCAAGCGAUGAGAUUGGUGCUAGUCUCAUAUACUUUACGGGCAACGACAUUUUCAACAGGAGCCUGCGGCUGCUCGCCAGCACCAAAGGCAUGCGUCUGAAUCAGCGAGGGCUUUACAAGGAUGUCAUGCGUGGCCCGCAGCGUGCGAGACUUACCCAGGGGACACUUGUCGAGGGUAAAGAUGAGCGCAAGAUAUUCACUGCCUUGGGGGUGCCUUGGCGUCCACCAGAGCAUCGCAUAUGCUAA